AUGCCCACGCCACUUGACAACGCCAUGAAAUCAAAGAAUGCGGUUCUCGCAUUCGGCGGCUUAGUUACAGCUGUUGCAGUAUGGGCAAUCUACGGCGGUGACAUGUUCCCAGCAGGUUCUGACCCGACUGGAAAUCCUGAAGAGUGGACCAGAGAGGAGAUGAGACGAUGGCUGGCAGCGCGAAACUUGUUCCCUGGAGAGUCUGACACAAGAGAAGAGCUCCUUGCGAGGGUAAUGGCCAAUAUGAGGGCUCCGAGACGUUGA